AUGAUUUCGGAUGAAAUCCGAGGAGUAGCAUCUUUAGCUGCACCGGAAAAAAUAAAACAACCGCUGUGUCAUGGAAAUUCUUGUCCUCGCUGCGGCAAAUGCUGUGAUUGGCUUUAUGAUGGUAAUUUCGAUCGGGAUUUUCAACGUUACCGCGCUAACUUAGGAUACGAUGUACUCAACGGAAAUCGAUGGCAUCGUCGUGCUAAUGGCCCAAGUAUCACGUGCAGUUACUGGUUUGAUUCUCAUUUCGGCAGUGAAGAACGAACACCUAAAGAACUUCCAGCUUCGUCAUCACUUACAUAUGUUCAGGAAAUUAAAAUUGCUGAUCAGUUGUUUAAUGUAUUCGAGCCAAUAUGGACAAGCACGUCAUACAAUGAAAAAAAUGAAAUUAUCCUCGAUCAUAAUACAAUGGAUAAUGAAAUUGAGGAAUGCGAGGAAGACUUAGAUUACGAAGCAAAAGACGAAGAAAAUCCGGUGUUCGAAUCAUUUUCUUUGUCAUAUAUGAAGCGAGCGCUUGAUUAUUAUGAUGCAAUUAAUACGAAAACUGGAAAACGAUCUCAUACAUGGAGAAAUGUUCGGAACAAAUUUAGAAGAAUCAAAGAUCAAUCUUAUAUGUCCCGCUUCCGAGACUAUAUUGAGGAAAGGGGAACGAAGAAACAAAAGGUGGAUUCAGUAGGCGAUUACGAUUAUAACAACUUUGACCGUGCUCGGGAUCUUCUCUGUGCAGUACAUGAUAUUGAUUUUAAAAGAUGGGCUGUAGUAACAAAGCGUGAGAUUGUCAAUGAAGCUGAAAUUCAAAAAUCAGCUGAUCAAUUUGUUUCUGAAGUUAAAUCAUUGUUACCUUACUAUAAUGAAGAUUCCGUAUUGAAUACAGAUCAAGCAGAACUUCAGCGUCAGUUUCCCUCAACUCAAACUUUCUCAUAUCAAGGAGAAAAGACGAUACUUGCCACCGUACGUUCAGUAAAUGCAACUACUCAUAGUUAUACGGUUCAACCGACGAUCAUCAUGAGUGGUAAGAUCUUCGGCCCUGUUUAUAUAUGUCUCAAAGAAGUAAAUGGUCGAGUGAGCGAUAACAUUAAAGCAAAUCUUCCGCAGUUGAAGAAUAUUGCUGUUACAUGCGGUGCAUCAGGAAAAUUAACUACGUCAUUAGUUAAAUAUUGGCGUAAUGAGUGUCUUAUUCCAUCACUGACAUCGCAGCCUGUAUUACUUCUUUCUGAUAGUUGGUCCUAG